CGUUUUUAACAGAUUUGCAAAAAAAACAGUUUUCGCUUUGUCAUUAUGGGUUGUUGUGUGUAGAAUGUUGAGGAAAAUAACGAAUUUAAUCCACAUACGAACAAACCGUGAGUCCUGGCAUUUGUGUUUAUUUAUUUUUAAUUUAAUUGAGUUUAAAUUUAGGUUUACAAGAACAUUUUAACUGCUACUGUGUAAAGGGUUUUCUGCUCAGAUGGAAAAGCUCAUGAUGUUUUGGAAUUUGGAUGUCUGGUAUUCACAUAUAUAUAUUUAUACAAACACAGGACAUAUUUUGCAUGCCGGGUUGUUUUUUUUUUUAAUGUAUUUCCAUCACAACCUAUUUAUAUUAUACACAUCCAAAAAUAUCACGCAGCUCACUCUCUACAUUUUGUCCGCCUUGCACUGAAUGGGAGAUGUUGUUUUCUGUCGCCAUCAAGUUGAAUAUAGUAAUAUAAUAGUCAUAGCAUAGUCAUAAUCCUUCACUGCUGUACCUAUCUACUCCUUUUGUGUCCCCAGUUUAGAAACCCACCCACCCGGCACCCUGUGAGCCGCUGAGCAGCGUUUGGAAUGCGUGGCCCGUGUUGACACCCCGCUGAGGACAAUCAAACGCGUUUGUCAGUUGAAACGCCAGCGCUACAAUGGUGCCUGUCUCCAAAAACCCGUUUGUCCCGUUCGUCUGCAGAACUUCCCCUGAGUGAGGCUAGAGGGAUCACCACAAAGUAUUCAUGUGUUGAAUAAGAGGGAUAAAAAAAAAAAAAACCUGACGUUAUAAAACUUUUCAGGGGAGGGACAUAGAGGGGAGCAGCUCCUCCCACAGAGGGCAGGGCCUCCUUCCUGUUUCGGUUCCUCACUCCCAUGUGAGGUUUAAGUCACUCAGAGAGAGAGGGAGAGACGCGCUACGGAGAGCCGCAGGUCGCACCCAAACCGGAGCACGCCGCUCGCCACUUGUCACCAGCGCUGCGCCGACGUCCCCCCCUCCUCUCCGCCUCUCUCUUCCUUGCGCAUCUUUGGCACCUUCACUCCAGGAGUGCGGUGGAUGCCGUGAGUCUGAAGAAAAUGAACUUUGAUGGCAUUCUCUGUCUCAUUGGAGGCUUUGGGAAGUUCCAGAAGAUCCUGUUUGUGUGGAUCUGUCUGCCUCAGAUUUUUCUGGCGUUCCACAUGCUGGUCUCCGUCUUCACGGGGGCCGUCCCCCCGCACUUGUGCCUCUCCUCGGGGGGGGGCGCUCCGCCCCCCGCGGACUUCAACUUCAGCCGCGUGGCCGCCGUUGGGGUCCGGCGCGACGGGUCCUGCGCGCCCCCCUCGAACCACAGCGGCGCUGCAGCGGAUGGACACCCCGGCGGGGGCUGCCAGGGGGGCUGGGAGUACAGCACAGAGACCUUCCAAAGCACCACCGUCACCGAGUGGGACCUGGUCUGUGACAGCGCCAGCAUGAACAACAUGGGCUCCUCCGUGUACAUGUUUGGUCUCCUGGUUGGAGCCGUCGCGUACGGAAGCUUAGCCGAUAAGUACGGCCGCAGGAUCAUCAUUCUGAUCAACCUCGCCGUCCAGGCGGUCUUUGGCGUCGGGGCCGCUUUCGCCCCCAAUUUCUACGUCUACAUAGCCGUUCGGUUUGUGGUUGGAACAUCCAUCUCUGGCGUCAUCAUGAAUGCAUUUGUCCUCGGCACAGAAUGGACGGGACCUAAGCAACGCAUGUUGGCGGGCAUAAUCACAGACUACUUCUUUGGCUUUGGCUACAUUCUUCUGGCUGGAGUGGCAUAUCUGAUCCGAGACUGGCGUAAACUGCAGCUGGCCAUCUCAGCACCUGGAAUCCUCUUCGUCUCUUACAUCUGGUUGUUGCCAGAGUCAGCUCGCUGGCUGAUGGCGAAUGACAGAAAAGAGGAAGCAUGGGAACUGAUCCGCACAGCAGCGCAGAUGAAUAGGAGACCCCUCACCAAAGAUUUGGAGAUGUGUCAGGUCCAUCACAUGGAAGAGAAAACUGUGGUGACGAAAAAACAUUCAUUCGUUGACCUCGUACGCACCCCUAGAAUGAGGAAGCAGUCUUUGAUUGUUUUCUACCUCUGGUUCGCCAACGUGCUCGUGUACUACGGCCUGUCGCUGAACAUUUCAGACUUUGGAAUGAACAUCUAUCUGACCCAGAUGAUCUUUGGUUUGGUGGAGAUGCCGGCGCGCACCAUUACCCUGUUCACCCUCAACCGCUCACGCAAGCUCUCGCAGCUGGCUUUCUUGGCCUUGGGGGGCUCAGCCUGCCUGCUGACCAUCUUCAUUCCCAACGAGCUGUCUGUCGUCAAAACCGUGCUGGCCAUGAUUGGGAAGUUCGGGAUCACGGCGUCUCUUUCGAUUAUUUACGUCUACUCGGCUGAGAUUUUUCCCACCGUGAUCAGACAGAACGGGAUUGGCUUCGGCUCCAUGUGCGCUCGGACCGGAGGGGUCCUGGCUCCCAUGAUGUACCUCCUGAGGCGCAUCAGCCCACAGGCCCCCAUGGUUCUGUGUGGGCUCUGCCCUCUGCUGGGCUCCGCCCUCACGCUGCUGCUACCCGAAACGGCCGACAGGCCGCUGCCCGACACCAUCGAAGACGUGGAGGGGCCCGAACUCAGCGGGGAGGGCGACGGUCCUCCUUGAAAGUGGAUGUUUGCAGCGCCGGGAUCGACUGGCGAUCAUCAUGGACCACACCACACCGGUGCCCCCCCGGCAUGACAAGUUGGUGUUUGUCAAGUUUUUUUUUUCUCCAAAAGGCAAAAAUCUACACUCGUAUUCAAAGUCAAGAUUAUUGACUUUAUUGUUAUUUUUUUUCAAGGGUCUUUGAACAAUUCCAAACAUACAACAACGACACAUGUUCAAAACACAGCAGGCUGUCACUCGUAUGCAUCACUUUGCAGCAUUCCCUUUCCUUUUAGAUUCAGGGCCCCCGAUCCUCACUCGCGGUUCAACUAAAUCGAUCAAACGUCCCAUCGUCCAGCUCAAACCGAGACGAGAUGAUUGACAUCAGGCUCGUCUCGGUUUUCCAAAGGUGGGUCAGCGCUCAAGCUGUCUCGUUAGUUUGAACCCGGUGUCAGUCAUCAUCAGGAUAAUCGCUUUAGAAGGCGGAAGAGUCGAUCACCGAAAACAAGGUUUUUUUUAACUGCAGAGGCAAAUAAACUUAAAGGAAGAGCGUCUUUUUUUCUCCGCUGAUGAGCAGGAGAUGAUGAUGAACGCAUAUAAUAAUAAUAAUAAUAUGUGUAUUUUAAUCAUAUCUGUCGGAUGAAUUGUACGUAUUGUAGUUUCACGUUGUUCAUUCUGUACGUCCAUCCCGGGGGAGGAUCCUCCGCUGUAGGUUUCUUACCUUUAUCAUCCCCAUCAAAGGAUUUUUUAUUGUUUGGGGAUUUUUUCCCUUGUUGAUGUGAGAAUUUCUGGACAGAGGAUGUCACACAUGUAGAGACUGUAAUGCCCUCUGAGGCAAAUUUGUGAUAUUGUGCUAUACAAAAUAAAAUAAAAUGAAUCAUAUAAUCAUGGCAAAAAACUGACCCCACAUAGGCCUUAUAGAAUGCAGAAUAAAUAGAUAAAAACAAUCUACAUCUACAACUUGGGCUUGUCUGCCACCAUGGUGACCGGAUUGUAGCUAUUGAAUUAAAAAAGCUGAGAUGAUGAAAAAUACAUGUGAACUAAAGGAGUGAUUCAAGUUAAAAAUAAAGUCCUAAAACAAUACAGCGAUUUAAAUACUUCAAGGUUUAUUUGAUCAACUGCAUGUGCGUUGGAAAAUUAAGCUGCAACAAUGUUUGUAAGUUUAAAAUAAAAAUGUUUAAUUGCGAAUUGAUAAGAUAAUAACUAUGACACGGCAGACACCAGAAUGAACCGUUAAAAUCAAAAGUAUUUAGUAAAUGAAAAGGUGUUGUGCUAAAAAGAACAUCUCAGCUGAGGAGCCGCUGGUCUCCGCAGGCCACAGGGCGUCCUUUGACCGUCCCCAGACCCUGUCUGCUGUUUACAACCAGCCAACUCGAGAACAAUGGCUGCCUACAAGUAUUUAUACCGAUCAGUAAAGGCGUGAAAGUCGGUGACCCCGCCCCCUGGGAGUGGUCUCCUGGUGAGUUCAAUGCAGCUCGGCUGUUACAGGCCUCAGUCAACAUCAGUUGCAUUUCGGUAGAUUACAUCACAUUAAAUACAAUCAUAACUGUGCCAUGGUAUUAUUCUAUUGAUUACAGUUUCAAAAUUACAGUGGUUUACUACAUUCCCAUUACUUUAUUGAAUACAUAUCUAUUGUAUUUUGGUGUACACUAAAUGCAUUUUAUCUAUAGUUAAUUUAUGAAUCUUGGUCGUCAAUUUAUUUUUUAAUAUCCUACAACAUCAAACAAAAGAUGUCAAGUGUCAAAACGUGCAUGUUGUGAACAGUAAGUGUUUGUUCGAUGUUCUAAAUGGUGUUAUUAGUCAUUUUUGGUUUUAAUUCACAAACAUCACCACUGCUGUUGCUUUUAACAUUUACCAUUAAAUUUCAGUUCCGUAAAUAUCAGUGUGGAAUGGAUGAACAAUAAAAACAGCAAUAUUGUGUCAUCCAUACAUGCAGUGUACAAAUUAGGCAAAACUGAUAAAAACAUCAGUUUUGUUUGGCCAGUGAUGCCCAUAAACGCCUUGUUCACAGCUGACCAGCAAUCUGCUGUUGUGCACACAGUAUCCAUCUCAGACAGUUCAGUCUUAAGUUCACUUAUGUUUUCUUUACAUUUCUUAUUUAACAGUGUCUGUCAUUUUUUUUCUUGAUGGCACCUUUUUGGAUGGCUGUAACCCCUGAAUUAAGUUUAUGAAAGGUGGGCUUUCCACUUUUUUCAAAGGCUGCAGGUCUCCGACAAUAAACUGCACCACCAGGUUGUCCAGCUGCGGCUGGGAGAUGACAACGGAACCGCUACAGUACGCAGUUAAUGCGGUUUGGUUCAAGGAUCUGUCUUGACUGGGUUUUUUUAUUUGCUUGCACAUACCUUGAAAGGUUAGCCGGGUGCUUUAGUUCAAUGUGCCGUUUCCGGUUUGCUGUGGAUGUCACUGAAGUGCGGAUUUUCGUUUGCAAAGAAAGGUCAGAUUCCUCCCAUCCUCACCGACCUUGUCAAUAACUUUUAAACUAUUUUAAAUUAUUACACGCCGCCUCUUUGCAUUUUUUUUUUUUGAUGACGCAAGCGGCGGUUCGGCGCUGGAGGCUGGCGUUGCCAGAUUGGGUGUUUUUUCCGUUACUUUAAUAAGGCGCCUUCCAGAGAGUCUCAAACACUCAACCAUUUGACAAUGGGACAGAACCAAACCCUCACAGAGUCUGCAGGAGUGCGCCUCAAGGUGCGUGAGGGGGCGACAGGUGUUGGGCCCAUCGCUGCUUUCUGGUACUCUGUGGAAAAGACACCUUCACAGGUGUGGUGACAGUCGUGGUGCACAAUAUGUAUUAUGUUUUAUGUUUUAAAUGCUUGAAAAACAAAGUAGUAGUAAGUAGUAAAAACAAAUGUUGAACUAAAGGAUCUUAUUUUAUUUUUUUUCUUCUUUUGGAUUUUAUUGUAAAAUGAUUGUUAUGCAUCUCUAAACUUUUAAUUUUAAAUUCUGCAGAGACCAAGUCUGUGACUCACGUUGUUGCUGUGAAAGGUAUUCAUCAACUUGAUUUGUAAAAUAAAGAUUUCUCGAGCAGAGUGUAUCUCGUACUCCAGUUCAAUUUGAACAAAUAAGGCGUUUAGGGAUAUGGAAUAAGUUCCAUUAAAAAAAGUUAUCUGUGAAACUAGUUUGUUGUUGUAAUAUUCAUUUUGGCACGAGAAGUGAAGGGGACCUCAUGUUCUAUAUAUAUUUCAUGAGAAAGGGGGCGUUAAUAUGCUGCUCCACAUGUCACCACAAGAUGGCGCUCCAACGUCAGGUUUAGCAAUGUAAACACGGGCUGUUUGUCAAGUUAUUUAACAGAAAUACAGCACCACAGAUGAAAAAACACAUUUAUACCGUUGAGAGGAUAGCAUGAUGUGUAAAAUUGAUAAUGUUGUUAAAUGACUUUUAUAUAUUUUUUUACAUAAAUGCAUGUUUUCAUUUUAUAAGUAGUACCAAAUACAUACAUACAUCACAAAUACUUUUUGAUAAGACCAUCAGCCAUAUUAUGGAGUAUAUGAAACAUAUAAAAAUAUGCUCUGUAGUUUUACCUAGGUUUAACACAGGCAUACAAGGUAUAAUGUCAUUAUAUAUAAUGUUGGUGUUGAGAUAUUUUUGUGUGAUGCAAUGGAGAGAAGUAACAGCAGUUCUGCGAGAAGAUGCGAGGCCCAAGUGCAGGUGCACACUUGGUAGGGGUGAUUUAUGGCCUCAGAGGCCUGACGUCUUUUUUUUCCCCUUCUCCGUGCUUUUCUGGGGACUUUCCUGAAUCUCUGGGCAUUCUGGCAUUAUAAAUGGGACAGUUCGACUGGAGAAAAGGGCUUUUGGACUCUUGCUCGCCGGGUUGUGGGUGUUGUUGCUUUUUGCUGGAAGGUGACAGAGAAUCGACAUUUUAUUAUCCUUUUUUUCUCUGUAACUUGUUUAUAAUCUGAAUUUCUUUUCUGAAGUCAAUAAAACCGAGUUCGCCCUGA